UAACCUGUACAAGCCUAUAGUCUGUGUUCGGGUUAUUUCUCAUUGUGCGCGAGAUGAUUACCUAUCGUGCGAACAACGACGGGUGAUUAAUGGCUCUAUUAUAUUAUAGGGAAUUCGUUCGCAAAACGGAAAACAAGCGGGAAACGUGUGCGCCAACGUGAUCGACACAACAAUAAAAAAUAUAUUCCGGUCGGCGCAAACACCGCGGAAUUCGGACGAACGCAGAACCGACGGCGGUGGCGGCGGCGACAACGGCAUCGAUUACGGUCGUCGUCGUACGCGUACUGCGCCCCGCGCGGGGCUUCGUGAUAACGGUUCGCUAGGAGAAAGCACGCCAGAGUACGCCACUAACAACGACGUGUUAUUCACGCGCACUGUUGUGUUAACACAUUAUCGGACGACGCGACGGAUUUCAUAUCAUAGCAACAACAACAACAACAACAACAACGACGACGACAACAUUAACAGCGGCGAUCGAUUUCGACUAUUCGACGCCGGGAUAUAUUCAUGGUGUUGCGGUCGUCAUCGUCGUCGUCGCCGUUCUAGUCGGAGAAAACGUCGUGUUGGUCGGAUACGGCCGCCGACGCAGCCGAUCGAUCCGUCGCGCCGUCCGAUUGGAACAGAGCAACUCGUGCAGACGAAACGGUACGUACUCGUCAACUCCCGAGAUCACGAUUCAAUCGUUCCGCUGUGGCCCUGGCUCCGUUGUCUGAGAUAACUUAUUGAAAGUAUGGAAUUAGAUAAAAUGCUUGAAAAUUCUUCAUUAAAAAUGUAUUCUAGCGAAGUAGCUUCACAAGAUAAAAUGAUUAUAAGAAUAAAAAGGCAAGAACAUGAUAUAGAUGUUGAAAGUAAAGAUUCAUCAGUGGAUCAGGAAGAUAUUGUGACAUACACUUGUGAAUUUGUACAAAAAGAUGAUGAUGAUGAUGAAGAUGUUGAUGAUGAUGAAGAUGAUGAUGAUGAAGAUGAUGAAGAUGAAGAUGAUGAUGAUUACGAUGAAACUCUAUCAGAGUUAAGUGACAUAUGUGAUGAUGAAUCAGUUCGACAAGAUGAAAAUUUUAUUUAUCCAGCUAUAACUAACUCUGAUGACGAAGAUACUACUGAUGUUACAUGGCAACCACCGAAUACCAUUUUAUCACCAACAGAACGUUUAUCUCGCAAAAAUACAAAAUGUCUGUAUUCAAAAGUUGGCAAGUCUGUAACAAGAAAAAAGAAAUGUAAUAAUAAAAAGACUUGUGAAGAACCGGCUGCUAAACGUUUGAAAAAAGAACGAUUACCAAAAAUCAAAAAAGUUUUAGAAGACAUUUACAUUUCCAAGCCAGAUACCAAUUUAGAUCAACCAGUUGAAACAACUUCAAAUGAAUUAAUGACAAAGAAAAUUGGUGAUUCACUCAUUCCUAAAGUUUAUAAACCAAGAAAAGGUAUGGCUACACCAAAACAACGCUUAGGUCGAAUUAUUAAAAUACAUAAAUUGAUGAAAUAACCAUUGAAGAGAAAAUCAAGAUAAAAUGCAUUUUCUUAUUUAAGUGGAUCUUAGUUUAAGUGCCAAAUAUUUUAAAUUAAUCGAACAGUAAUUUACAACUGUGUUC